UUCGUAGUUUUCACUGCAUGCCACGCCACUGAGAAGCUCAAGACUGCUUGAAUAUUUGACCAGAGGAUAUCAAAGAUGUUUUGCUAUCACUGUCCUCUAAGUGUUCCUCCUUCAUCGGUUGCUCCGAGACCUCCACCUCUGCCCUUCUCGGUCUACUCGGCGGUAUCACCAUACAGCGGUUAUGGUUACCAGUCGGACCUGCAUGACGACAAUUUCGUGAGAAGAAAACAGAGACGAAAUAGAACGACAUUCACAGUUCAACAGCUAGAAGAGCUCGAAAAAGCAUUCGCUCAAACCCAUUACCCAGAUGUCUUCACUAGAGAAGAUCUAGCAAUGAAAAUUAAUCUCACCGAAGCUCGAGUUCAGGUGUGGUUCCAGAAUCGUCGAGCGAAGUGGCGCAAGGCUGAGAGGCUGCGCAAAGAGCGUGAGGAGAAAGACCACCUUCCCUCGGAUGAGACCCCCCGCGACGACCCUGGCUCCCCCGAGCCUGCGGACGACCCCUCGCUCCUUCUGGCCCCUGGGGACAAGGCCUCCCCCGCCUCCUCCUCUCAAAGGCCCCUCACCGAUGACGAGGACGCCGACAGUAGCGGCAGGGAGGACGACCUGUCGCCGCCCAGAGCCACGCCGGCCUCCGCCGCGCAAGGAGCCGCCGAUGACGCGCCAGCUGAUGCGGCUUGCGAGGGCUCUCUGGCCGUGAUCUCCAAGUCCUCCUCCAGCUCUUCGACCGAAUCUUCCGCGAUUCUGGGAGGAUCCUCUGAGCCCUUGAAUGAUUUUCCUUCUCUCCUUUUGUCCCGGUCACCCAUGGGUUCCUUCGGAGGGGACGCCUCCCUUCUCAAGGACCCCUCAGGAUGCCUGAGGCCGUCCUCCUUUCUCAGAUCAUCCCUCUUCUCGUCUCUCUCCUCUGGGGGUCCCCUCAGCAGUCAGGCGUGCAUGGAGAGCAUGAUGAACCCCGCCAACCACGGCCGCUUUCCCUUGCCGCCCAUGUACUUCCCCCACCACCUCGGCCACCAGUUUGCCCCCUCCACGCUACCCUUCAAAGCAUUUCCCUUCUGCGCGUGUUGUCUUCCAAAACCCGUGACCUCUUCGGCGGUAACUUCAGAGAGUUCUUCUCCGGACCCGACGUCGACGAGCGUCACAGAUCUUCGGCGGAAGGCCCGAGAACACUCCCAAGCCCUACUGCAGUCAGCCCUGCUCACCAACAGCCCCCAACAACAGUCCGACUCAGCCUGAAUAUCAGCUCUUACCUACUAAUUGAACUUUCACUCGAUCGACUCGACAACUUUGGUUGCCCGAUGGCUGCACUUUCUGUUAUAAAGGACUCACAAUACAGCUAAUAACUGAAAUUACGACUAAAAAGGCAAUGCAGACUCUUAUAUUGGCGCAGCAUAGCCAGAUCUGGUCCGUGUGCCAUUGACUGACAUAAAUCAACAA